AUGUCAGACGAUUACAAAGCAGUGCGAGGAGGUGUUUUAAAGCUCAAAGGGAACAAGAAAAGCCUAAAAAGAGCCGGUAUUGAUGAGAAGAUGUCGACUUCUAUCCUCCACUAUAAUUUCGUUUCCAGAUUCAAAGCUGACAGGCCUAAGAAGAACAAGUCAAAAAACAGUGAUGGAAAUAAGCCUGAUCCGGACGCGGACUCCCAUGGCGGUUGGUGGAAAAUUGUGGACGAAGUUGAUUUGAAAGGAGGUGAACACGUAUCGUUCGAAUGUGGUAGUGGGAACAGAUGCUAUCUUUCUGCAAUGGAUAAUGGACGAUUCACCAUUGGCUUACCACAUCCUGAAGGUGAAGAGCCAAAUCCGGAAGAGAUUUUCGCCGUCGUAAAAACACCAGAUGAUCCCAAGUCAAGUUUCAAAACCGGUUAUGGAAAAUACAUUGGUGUUGAUGCUAAUGGUGCUCUUGUUGCUACAGCAGAAGCCAUUGGAACACGAGAACGAUUUCAAGUUGUUUUCGAAGAGGGAAAAAGUGCCAUUCAAGCAGUUGCUAACCCUCUGUUCCUGUCGAUGGCCGUCAACAAAGACGGGCUCAUUUAUGUAGCCAGUAAAAAAGCUGGUGAAGAAGAGAUGGUUAUUAUCCGCACAAAUGCUAAGAAAACCGGUCCUGUAGAUUGGCGAGCCGACGAGGACAAAAAGUCCGCCAAAGACUGCUCUACGGCCUAUGUGAAAAUGUACCAACACUCAAAAGUCGAUACGAAGAAUCGUGCUAUUACAUCAGAUGUUUUCGAUAUGAAGUCAGUUAAACGUGCACAAAAAGAUGGAGACCUACAUGAAACUUUGUUAUCCAAGCGGAUCAAGAUGAAAUCGGACCGAUAUUGUUGA